ACCACUCUAUAUGGACUAACCAACAGUUUUGGGAAACCACAUUUUAUAGUGAUGUGCAAAAUCAAGUUCGUUCCCUCUAUCUCACAGCUAGGGAAGACAAUCAUACAAUACGAUUGAAGCAAAAGGAGAAAAAUUCUGUAGGUCUGGACCAGGAAAAAACAGCCAUGGACCUGGCUGCUGAGCAGUUGCGUUUAUGGCCAACACUCAAUAAAGAAACUCAGCAGGAGCUAAUACAGAAUGAGGAAAGUACAGUUUUCAGUCAGGCAAUUCAUUUUGCUAACCUCAUGGUCUACCUGCUAGUGCCACUGGACACAAGUAAGAACAAACUAUUGAGAACAUCAGCUACAGGAGACUGGGAGAGUGGAAGCAACAGCAUUGUCACAAAUAGUAUUGCCGGCAGUGUUGCAGAGAGCUAUGACACCGAAAGUGGGUUUGAAGACUCUGAGAACAAUGAUAUUGCCAAUGCAGUUGUACGCUUCAUCACCAGGUUUAUAGACAAAGUAUGUACAGAGAGUGGAGUUACACAGGAUCACAUCAAGAGCCUUCAUUGCAUGAUACCAGGGAUUGUAGCAAUGCACAUUGAGACUCUGGAGGCCGUCCAUCGAGAGAGUAGAAGACUACCACCAAUACAGAAGCCUAAGAUUCUGCGACCAGCUUUGCUGCCAGGAGAAGAGUUUGUGUGUGAUGGUCUCCGUGUGCUGCUGGAUCCUGAUGGGAGAGAGGAAGCAACAGGAGGAUUGCUCGGAGGUCCCCAUAUUCUCCCAGCAGAAGGAGCUUUGUUCCUUACCACAUACAGAAUUAUAUUUAAAGGCACUCCUCAUGAUCAAUUAGCUGGAGAACAGACAGUGAUCCGGAGCUUUCCCAUAGCAUCUAUUAUGAAGGAGAAGAAGAUUACUAUACAGAACCAGCUGCAACAGAAUAUGCAGGAAGGACUGCAGAUCACCUCAGCAUCAUUUCAGUUAAUUAAAGUAGCAUUUGAUGAGGAAGUGAGUCCUGAAGUGGUAGAAAUAUUUAGGAAACAGCUAAUGAAGUUCCGUUAUCCCCAGUCCAUCUUUAGCACCUUUGCUUUUGCGGCUGGGCAAACUGCACCGCAGAUAAUCUUGCCAAAGCAAAAAGAAAAGAACACUUCCUUUCGCACCUUCUCAAAAACAAUUGUGAAAGGAGCCAAACGUGCAGGGAAGAUGACAAUUGGUCGUCAAUACUUAUUAAAGAAGAAGACAGGCACAAUAGUGGAAGAAAGAGGGAAUCGUCCAGGCUGGAAUGAAGAUGAUGAUAUCUCUGUUUCAGAUGACAGUGAAUUGCACACAAGUGGUACUUUGAAAGCCUCAGAAAAGUCAACAAUGGAGCAGUUAGUGGAGAGAGCCUGUUUUAGAGACUAUCAGCGUUUGGGACUGGGGACCAUCAGUAGUAGCUCUUCUCGUUCCAAAACAGAAUACUUCCGAAUAACUGCAUUGAACAGGAUGUAUUCACUUUGUAGAAGCUAUCCUGGACUUUUGGUAGUACCUCAGUCUGUGCAGGACAGCAGUUUGCAGAGGGUAGCUCGUUGUUAUCGUCACAAUCGCCUGCCAGUUGUCUGCUGGAAAAACUCAAAAAUCAGUACUCUGCUGCUAAGAGCUGGGGGCUUCCAUGGAAAGGGAGUUGUCGGCCUCUUCAAAUCUCAAAACACACAUACUGCAGUUCCUCCUAAUUUAGAAUCUUCAAGCAGCAUAGAACAGGAGAAAUAUCUGCAAGCCCUACUGAAUGCAAUUUCCAUCCACUGUAAAAUGAAUGGCAGUAAUACUCUUACUGUAAGGCCAACAAUUGCUUUGUCUCCAGUGCUUGGGUACAGAGAUAAAUGUUUCACUCAGUCAAAUUCCAAAUCAGCAGCUAAGGGAAGAGUCCAUCAAGGUGUAUGGGCAAGUCUUCGUUCUAGCAAUCGAUUUAUCAGCACUCAGGCGCCAUUCAUUGAUGUCGGUGCAAGACUAGCAGGGAAAGAUAACACAGCGUCAUACAGUAACAGUUCAUUUUUGCAAAACCAGCUUCUGAAACGCCAAGCUGCCCUCUACAUAUUCGGAGAAAAAUCUCAGUUAAGGGGCUUCAAACUUGAUUUUGCUUUGAAUUGUGAAUUUGUUGCCGUUGAGUUCAGUGACAUCCGACAGGUGAAAACUAGUUUUAAAAAGAUGAUGAGGGUUUGUGUUCCCAGUACUAUUCCUACAGAUUCUGAAGUAACAUUCCUUAAGGCACUCGGUGAAUCAGAGUGGUUCCCACAGCUUCACAGGAUAAUGCAGUUGGGUGUGGUGAUAUCAGAGCUCCUUGAGAAUGGUUCUUCAGUUAUGGUUUGUUUGGAAGAUGGUUGGGAUAUUACUGCACAGGUGGUGUCUCUGGUGCAAUUACUCAGUGAUCCAUUCUACAGGACACUUGAAGGCUUCCAAAUGUUAGUGGAAAAAGAAUGGCUCUCUUUUGGUCAUAAGUUCAAUCAGCGUAGUAAUGUGACCCUCAGUUGUCAGGGUAGUGGAUUUGCUCCCAUUUUCUUACAGUUCCUGGACUGUGUGCAUCAGAUUCACAACCAGUAUCCAACAGAGUUUGAAUUCAAUCAAUAUUUCUUGAAGUUCUUAGCUUUCCACUACGUUUCAAAUAGAUUUAAAACAUUUCUUCUGGAUUCAGACUAUGAAAGACUAGAACAUGGGACAUUGUUUGAAGAUAAAGGAGACAGACAUGCCAAAAAGGGAAUCUGUAUUUGGGAAUGUAUUGAAAAAAUGCACAAAAGGAGCCCCAUUUUCUUCAAUUACCUAUAUGCACCUGUUGAAACAGAGGCAUUAAAACCAAGUGUAAAUAUGUCCAGCCUGAAAACAUGGGAUUACUAUAUGGAAGAGACCUUGGCCACAGGUCCUUCCUAUGAUUGGACCGUGGUUACUGCAAAAUGCAACACUUCAGAGGAAGCUGACCAAAUGGAUGGUUCAUUUCCCCAAAGUAGGAGGAAAAUAGUGUGGCCAUGCUAUGAUGAUGUUAGCAAAGUGCAACCUGAUGCAAUCACGAGCCUCUUAAAUGAAAUCGAAAGACUGGAGAAUAAAUUAAAUCAGAGCCCAGAAAGGUGGCAGCUCUUGUGGGAAAGGGUCUCCGUGAAUCUUAAAGAUGACACAAAACAAGACAAUCCCCGAAGACAUCCUUCUGGCUCAUCAGGGAUAAUGUCUACUAAUCCACAUUCCUAUCAGAAGAGGUCUUUGCUGCAUUUACCUGACAGUGGUCUGGGUGAAGAACAAAGUGCCAGCAUCUCUCCCUCUAAUGGAGUGGACAGACGAGCAACCACACUAUACAAUCAGUUCACAUCAAAGAAUGAUGAGAAUAGGUCUUUUGAAGGUACACUUUACAAAAGAGGAGCUUUGUUAAAAGGUUGGAAACCUCGCUGGUUUGUACUGGAUGUGACAAAACACCAGCUGAGGUAUUAUGAUUCUGGUGAAGACACAAGCUGCAAGGGACACAUUGAUCUUGCAGAAGUCGAAACAGUGAUUCCUGCAUCUCCAACAAUUGGCGCACCAAAGCAUGCUAGUGAAAAAGCAUUUUUUGAUCUGAAGACAAGUAAACGGGUGUAUAAUUUCUGUGCCCAAGAUGCACAGAGCGCCCAGCAAUGGAUGGACAGGAUCCAGAGCUGUAUUUCAGACGCGUAGCAGAGACUACCCUUCCACUGCCAACUGCAGAAGAGAAAUGCUGUCAGCACUUCAUGUUGCAAGAAGAUACAUUUUAAAAUGCUAUUACAGAACAAGCAACCUUCCUUUCAAUUCAGUCAUAAAUACUCAGUAUAUGCUGAAGCAUCUUCUCUGUUUAAGUAUUAUAACCACUGUAACUUCUCUUGCUAGGAGAACUUUUCAAAUUAGUAAUCUGUUUAGCCUGAAAUAUAACUCUUUUCCAUAUGAUUCCUAGCUAAAUGAGCCUGCUCUACACACUGAAAUAUGCUACCAUCUAAUACUGUUUUUCAAAUCAGAGUUGCAUCAGAAAAACUGUCUAGCUAGAAUUGUGGACAUUUUUCCUCAAAUAGUGUUCUGUUUUCACUGCGUUUUAAUAUUUAAACAAAAUGGUCCAAAUUUUCAAGCUAGUUGUGUAUCUGGAAGAACAUUUCUACAGUUUCUAAGAAAAGUUUAGGUUUGUGAAUUCAGUGACAUGCAUAGCAGACUGGCAAAUGUCACUUAAUAUUUUUAAAGACCAAAAAUCAAAACCUUAAUUUUCAAAAAAAGGUUUCUUCUCAAAUCUACUAGCUGCUCUCUAACCUCUUGCUCUAAAUCAUGCUUCUGCAAUUUUACUGUUAAUAUAUGGCAUUUUAAGUUCCCGCUGUUUAGCUAAAGAAUAUGCUUUUUGGGUAUUCUAUUUGCCCAUUAUAAUAGGAUAAUGGAAAGAAAACUGGCUGAUAAUAACAAGAAGAAACUGGUCACAAAUUGAAACAUUUAUAGGAGAAAAAUCUGAGUAUGAAAAGUUGUAUAUGUUUAUUUAUGUUCUGUUCUGCUCACUGUAAAGUAAAAAAUAACAAACACAAUGAUAAAUGCACUAAACAAUAAAGCAAACACUUGCACUGAAAUAGUUGAAAUGCAGACAUUUUGCGGGACAGAGGUAAGUUAUUUAUAGCAGAACAAUGCUAGCUAGAUAACCUUUACAAAUACUAAAUAUGUACAUAAUUUGGUUUGAUGUGAUUUGAUACUUUAAAAACAUUUUUGCACAUAAAUUGGAAGACUGUUUUAGAUUUUUACAUUUAGUAACAUUGUGUUUGUUCAUCUUAAAAUCUUUGAGGAAUGUUGUUGGGUUAUUUUUAUAUAUAGCCCAAAAUUACUAGAGGUUUUAUUUGCUACAGUUUGUGAUGACAUGGAGUGGAGUCUUUAGAUAAAAACCAUUGUGAGGUUUUUUUUAAUGUUAAUAUGUUAAAUAUCCAACUAAUAUUUCAUAGAGUUUGUAUAUAUGAUUUGGUAUUUUCUGAUUUUUUUUCCAGACAUUCUGCUUAUAAUUGUUAAUAUCAGACUAACCUAACUGACUUCAUUUAUAGGAUUUCAAUUAUUAAAUAGUUUGUCACCUUUUUUUAACCACUUUUCAUUUUUUGACUGAAUAAUAUUCAAUUUCACACUGCACACAGAAUAGGAAAUGCAGCUGUUUUAAUACAUAUGGAAUUUUUUUAAAGGAAUGAAGGAUUUUUUUAGCAUUUUCAACUGAUAAAUCUCCACCUGUGAAAAUGGUGUUUGCACAUUUGUAUUUUUCUGUGUAUAUGAAGUACUUUUAUAUGUACUUUGUAAAAUACUGAUCCCACUGUUUUUAAGGUUAUUUGAAAAUGUACACAACACAUCUUAUUUUGUAACUAGGUUAUUUUAACUAUUUUAUGUAUGUUACAUGACUUAUGUAUGCUAACCAUCUUGUAAUAAAUACACUUCUUUUUUUAAAAAAAUC